ACAAUGGCCCGGCAACUGGAGCGUACCAGAAUCAGAAGGAAGACGAUAGAAUUAUUCCCCGUAAAACCCUCUUCCUUCCAAUGCCGUCGAUCCAAACCUCCCACUCGAUUCUCCAUCUCUAGAGUUUGAAUCCAUGGCGAGAUUCGCGUCCAAGCCCGCUGCGAGGAAGUACCUCCUCGUUCUGGCGUGCAUCGCUAUCCUCGGUAUCGCCCUCGUCGCAGAUUUCCUCUGGGCUUCAUCCAAUGCCUCCUCAUCCUCUCCCUAUUGGUCCACCACGCUCGAUUUCUCUCUAGAUAACGUCCCCAGCCUCGGCUCUCCCCCGGCCACGCAGGUUAAGGAGAUGAGUAAAAAGGAUGACAAAUCGGCCAUGCUGGAAGAUCUAAAUGCAACUUUUGCCGAUAUACCAGCACCACUAUUAAAGUGGGAAGAGAUGGCAGAGGCACCAGUACCUCGAUUGGAUGGAGCUGCUAUACAGAUUAAGAAUCUUUUAUAUGUGUUUGCUGGAUAUGGUACCAUUGACUAUGUGCAUUCUCAUGUGGAUAUCUAUAAUUUUACUGAUAAUACAUGGGGAGGAAGGUUUGAUAUGCCCAAAGAAAUGGCACAUUCACAUUUAGGAAUGGUAACAGAUGGAAGAUACAUAUAUGUGGUCACUGGACAAUAUGGACCUCAAUGUAGAGGGCCUACAGCUCGCAACUUUGUGCUGGACACUGAGACGAGAAAAUGGAGUGAUUUACCUUCCUUACCCGUUCCUAGGUAUGCACCAGCCACCCAACUUUGGAGAGGCAGACUCCAUGUUAUGGGUGGCAGCAAGGAGGACCGCCAUGAGCCUGCAUUGGAUCAUUGGAGUCUUGCUGUAAAGGAUGGCAAAGCCUUGGAGAAAGAAUGGAGAAAUGAAAUACCCAUUCCACGUGGUGGUCCCCACAGAGCUUGUGUUGUUGCUAAUGAUCAACUGCUUGUUAUUGGUGGUCAAGAGGGUGAUUAUAUGGCUAAGCCUGGAUCACCAAUUUUCAAGUGCUCCCGAAGAAAUGAGGUGGUGUAUGGUGAUGUCUACAUGCUUGAUGAUGGGGUAAAAUGGAAGCAACUGCCACCCAUGCCAAAACAAGAUUCCCAUAUAGAAUUUGCAUGGGUUAAUAUAAACAAUUCAAUUAUAAUUGUUGGAGGUACAACAGAGAAACACCCUGUGACCAAAAGAAUUGUGCUGGUUGGUGAAGUAUUUCGAUUCAAUUUAGAUACAUUGGAAUGGUCAGUAAUUGGGCGAAUGCCUUUCCGCAUCAAGACUACCUUGGUUGGAUUCUGGAAUGGCUGGCUAUAUUUCACUUCAGGACAGCGCGACAAGGGACCUAAGGACCCUUCUCCCAAGAAGGUAGUAGGAUGCAUGUGGAGGACAAAGUUGAGAUUGUAACUUCUACCAUGAUCGAGCCCAAAUCAGGUUUUCUUGAGCUUUAUUCAGUUUGUAUGUGACAUUUGUCAUAUUAUUUCAUGGGUUUUAGGGGCUUCUCUUUAGUACCAUAUAAGCCAACCAAGCCUGUUCUUCCAUUCAUAGCCUCCUGAAUUUUUGUAUUUUUCUUAUAUUUGCUACUUUCUUUUCAGCAUUAGCUUUGUCGCAUUGUUUGCCUUACUAAGUUCCUCAGCUUGAGUAAUGUUUUUAGGGGAUUUUGCAAGAAAAAUAUACCCUAUUAUUUUUUCAAA